AUGGCCAGGAUUUUCCGGGCCUUGGUUGCAGCUGCCAUCUGGGCAGGUUGCCUAGGGGACGCCGUCGAGGGAGACUGCCAGGACGCAGAAUCCCAGGGUCUCGCCUUCAUCCAGGCAAAGGCACUCGCACGAGACGGCGGCGCCGCGAGGAAGGAGGUUGAGUACCAUUGGUCUUCGGGUCGUGGCAACUUCCCGAACUACGGCGUGGCCAAGCACUCGGCGCCCUUCGAUCUCCCCGCGCGCUUCGCGUGGAACUGGUCCCACCCCCUUGGAAGGUUCCACACCCUGACGUACGGCACCGCCAUCGACCACCUGAGGAACGUCUACCUCAGCGGAGCAGAUGGAGUCCGAAAGUUUGAUCCGAGUGGCAAGCUGUUGUGGGAGUACGCGUCGCUGCCGGCUGAGAUGAUGGAUGCCCCGUCCCUGUUCAACGGGAUGAUCUACGGAAGUGACACGCACGGGAACGUGGUCGCCCUGAGCAUGGAGGAUGGCAAGGUGGGGUGGAAGACACAGGUUUCAAAGGCCAUCUGCCAGGACAACGGCUUCACCAUGGCCAAGGAUGGCGUCGUCCUUGCGGCCGGGGAUUGUCGCGAGCCCUCCCCCCAAGGAGAGGCCAACCACUUGGUCAAGGCUCUGAAUGCCAGCACCGGCAAACAGCUCUGGGAAUACGUGCCCGACACUGCCAUUUGGAACUUCCUGCCCCUGUUCGUGGACGAGGGCGACUUCGUGUUUCAGGACAUGACCGGCAAGGCCUACAGAAUGGACCUGCGCACCGGCCAGGUGAUCUGGAAGAGCGGCGGCAAGGAAGGCACUUGGACCGAUGGCAGCGCGGCCGUGGGCAAUGGCAUGGUCUUCGCAGUGAACAACAACCACCCCCCCGACUACCAGCCCCCAGAUCCUGAGUUUGCCAACGGCGAGUACAACCCCGGCACCCUGAGCGCAUAUAACCUCACCAGCGGCGAGCUGGUAUGGCAAGAGGUGACUCCGCGACCACCGAACAAUGCUCCCGCCGUGGGCAAGGUGAAGAAUCUGCAAGGCAUCUCGGUGGUCAUGCCCUUGUGCCAGCAGGUGAAAGCAGGAGCAUUCUGCGAUGUCCAUGUCUACGACGCAGACACUGGAGACUUGCAGUGGGUCUUUCAUGGGCCAGCACAGCAGGGCAUGUUGCAGGCAGGAGACUGGGAAGGACUGAGUGAGCGCACGCACGCGGGCGUCCGCGGCCUCUGCCUGCCCAACGGCUGGAGCGCGCCCACCAUCGAUGCCGAGGGGACGGUCUUUGUCGGCCAUGAAGAUGGAAACUUCUAUGCCCUCCGCGACAUGGACGGCGAUGGCACGAUCUUUGGAGAUGAUGAGAUGCGGCUUUAUGAUACCAAAGCGGCAUUCUCUGGAUCCUCCUCCCCGGCCGUUGCCCCGGGCAUGGUGGCCAUCGCUUCCUGCGACUCGCUCUUCGUGUUCAAGAAGUGA